CAGUCAAUUUUUUUCAUGCAAAGCGAGACGAUGAUUCGGAUUUGAAUUACGAAAGAAAAUUGCUCGGCAAGUGAAAUGGAUAACAAGGACUUUCUGACUGUGACUGAUUACAAACGACACGCCAUCGAGCACAUAGAGAAACCAUUUCUUGACUUUCUUCAACUUGGAAGCGGUGCCAAUAUAUCGGUCAAUGCCAACGAAAAUGCAUAUUCCCAAUAUCGAAUUCGACCAAGGUGUCUCAGGAAUGUUAUGACUCGCGACCUGAGUGUAACAGUGUUCGGCCAAACGUUUCCAAUGCCAAUUGGCCUAUCACCAACAGCUAGACAGAAACGAUGGACAUCGGAAGGUGAAGUUUCUACAGUAAAAGCCGCUGCUGCUUCGAAUACUCUAAUGAUUUUGAGUGGAGCAUCGAGUGUGUUACUCGAAGAUGUAGCCGCUGCAGCACCAGCUGGUGCUAUUCUUUGGAUGCAAAUGUUCUUUUAUCAGGAUCGGUCCAUAACUGAAGACUUAGUGAGACGAGCCGAAAAGUCAGGCUAUCGGGCUAUCGUUGUUUCGGUGGAUGCUCCCGGUGUUGCUGAAGGGAAAUUAAGAUACGAAAAUCGACGGAAUCAAUACAAUGAACCGAUUCCGAUGAUCAAUUAUGUUCGAUACGAGCAUCUUGGCGAAGGAACAGAUGACGCAAGCGAUUUGUCGUGGUCAGAUGUCGAUUGGAUUGUUAGCCUAACAAAGUUGCCAGUUAUAUUAAAGGGAAUUGUUACUGCUGAAGAUGCAAUUUUAGCCGCCAAUCAUGGAGCUAAGGGAGUUUUAGUUUCGAAUCAUGGUGGCCGACAAUUAGACAGUGUUCCAGCUACCCUGGAAGCACUACCCGAAAUUGUGGAAGCUGUUGGCGAUAGAAUUGAAGUUUUUCUUGAUGGAGGUGUUCGUAGUGGCACCGAUGUCUUUAAGGGUCUAGCUCUUGGAGCUAAAAUGGUAUUCGUUGGACGUCCGAUUUGCUGGGGAUUGUUUAAGAAUGGAGAGGAAGGUGCAAAAGCCGUUAUUGAAUUGUUGCGUAAAGAGCUGGAUGUUGUAAUGGCUUUUUCUGGGUGCAGUUCAUUGAAGGAAAUAACGAAAUCGCAUGUGAAGCUAGCUGCAGAUUACUAUCGGUAAACAACUCUAAACUGAUUGUAAACGUAUGGCGGAUUUUCUAAACGAGAAAUACUACGUCGUGCUUUCAAUAAAAGUCUGAAGCAUUCGCAUCAUGUCCAGCUCCAAUGUGAGUUGCGGUCUUCAA